UACAUCCACGGCGAGCGGGAAGAUAUCGAAAAAGCAAUGCGAAAACGAAAUGAUUUUUCACAAGCUGAAGCCGUCCGAACUGCUUAAGCAUCUGUUGAGUGCACGGAUCGAGAACAAGCACAAGACACAUUUGAAGAGUGAGUCAUGCGCCUCGGUGAUUCAGGGGAAGUCGCGGAAAUGCUUUUCACCGGAAUUGUCCAGUCAUAAAUUCGAGAGUGCGUUUAAUUCUGUGGGCACUACAGUUUCGUCCGUAACAGAGGCUAGUUAUAACUACGAAAAUGGAAUUAUGGACGAAACGAGCGACAUUGACGAGAAUAAAGAAUUAUCCAGCAGCACCCUUUAUGGAGAAGUACAAACCAGACAUGAACAUGUGCAGGAACAGCCGGAAGACUUCCAGGACAUCGUUGGUGAUCUGUCAACCGACACCAUUGACUUUAUUUUAUCCGAAAGUUUAUACAUUAAGUCACCCCCAUACAAUCAACACUCUCGGGGUAGUGACACGUGUGAAUUUGUGGAACUGCAACCGAGUACUAGUGCCUCAGUUUCGGACAUAUUAUCGAAGGCUUCUUCUUCAAAAGGGGAAUCGAACGUUGAAGUCUGUCCGACGGAAAGUGAUAAGGUGAUUAGUGGGGACGGUGUGAUAAAAUGUGACUCGGACAGUGAUAGUGAUCAAGAAAUUGAAAAUGCUAUGGUACUAGUUCCUUCUGAUCCACUCGAAUGGACCGCCGAACACAUUAAAUCAUGGCUGUCGUGGAGUUCACAAAAAUUCUCGCUGGACCCGAAACCGGAUCCGGGAAGUUUCCCGGAAACAGGGACCGAGCUGUGCGAAUUGUCCAGGGCCGAGUUCGAGACCAGGGCCGGAUCAGAGAGGACGGGCAAGAUCUUGGCCAAAUACAUCGCUCAUCAAAGGCACAGCGUCACUGGCCGGGCGAGCAGCCCCCUCAACAUUGAAUGCAAAGUGUUUGCUGAAAGCGACAGCGAUGAGGAACAAGAUCCGUAUCAGCUGCUGAACGCCGCCACGAGCCGAUUGGUGGCGCAGGGCAGCGGCCAGAUCCAAUUGUGGCAGUUCCUCCUCGAGCUGCUGAACGAUUCGUCGAAUGCGGCGUGCAUCACGUGGGAGGGCACCAAUGGUGAAUUCAAGCUGACCGACCCCGACGAGGUGGCGCGACGUUGGGGCGAACGCAAGUCGAAGCCGAACAUGAACUACGACAAGCUGAGCAGAGCACUCAGAUACUACUACGACAAGAACAUAAUGUCGAAAGUCCACGGCAAACGGUACGCGUACAAGUUUGACUUCCACGGCUUGAUGGCGGCCUGCCAGGCCCAAGCCCAGGGCCAAAGUGACGUCAUGCCUGGCUAUCAUAAGUAUCAGCCGCACCAGAGCGAACUCGGAGCCGCCUUGUAUCCGACAGGACCAGGCGGAAAUCCCAGGAUACCCAGCAUAUUGCCAGGCGGAGCACAACAUUCCCAACCCAGCCUGUUUUCGCCUCCGACCUAUUGGCCCUAUUCACCAGGAUCGUUUGAUCCUAGAGGGCAUCCGUUCAAUUGAAUCGAAUCGAGAGGGUUUUAAUCAGUGUGAUGAGUGGUGUUUUCUUUUUGUGAGGUGAAACGGUGGUCAUCAUUAAAAAUGAAUAUCUACCUCCGUUAUUUUUAAAUCGUCCCAAUAAUCAGUUCAUUUCAAAUUGAUUAUUUUUACAAAAGAAAAUAAAAUAGUGUAAAUAAUUGAUUGUUUUUUUAUUAAAUAUUGUGAUAUGUUUUAAUUUAAGAUACCAUUAAUUCUGGUACAAUGGGUACUUGUAAAAAUUUUAAAAUUAUUGAAUGUGUAUAUACAAAUUGAAAUUUAGAGUCUUAGAACAUUUUAACUAUAAUUCAUUUAUCUCCAUUACAUUUUGAUUUACAGAUUAUUUUGUAAUAAUUAUUUAAAGUAAAUGUUUAGGUACAAUAAAAUAUAUUUCUUUGAACUUAUAAAUUUAGUUAAAUUGAUCUGUUAUGUGUGUACAUUUUAAAUAAUUUUAUUAUUAUUAUUAUUAUUAACAAAUCUUUGUUGACGAUUAUUUCAAUUUAGCCUUGGUAAAGUGAAGUUUAUGUUUGUACUUUAUCAAAUAAUGCUUGGGAUUUAUACGUACCAGUUUUUUUUAAGUAAGUUCCUGUUGUCUUGCUUUAAUUUUUUCGGUUGGAUUUAGGUUAAAUUAAUGUUAGGUUGUUAUUGACUAAAUAAAUAAAUAAAUUGCA